CAAUGCUAUUAUCCUACGCGCCAACACAAUGAAAACCAAGCCCAGCCGCAAGAAUGAUAAGAAGGCGAGAAAGAGGGGAAAGUCUGCGCUUAAUCGAGUUGCAGCAAGUCCCUCGAAGUCAGUAUCACCAGCAGAACUAUUGGUACAAGCAGCAUUCGUUCUCCAACAAGGCAAUAUCGAAGGCUCCGUUCCUUUGGCAAAGCGCGCCCUUUCCCUGCUUCCUUCCGACUCCGAGGAGGCUCUACCGGCCCUGAACUUACUAGGAGAAAUUCAUGUUGAACUCGGAGACAUAGACGCGGCGCGACGAUAUUUUGCACAAGCUGCUGCAAUUGAUGAAGAUGGAAAGAUCAGCGAAGAUUUGGGUGGAGGCGCCGAGAAGUUUUUAUGGUUGGCUCAGCUGAGUGAGGAAGGUGGACAAGACAGCGUGGACUGGUUCGAAAAGGGAGCUUUAUGUCUACGGAUACAAAUUCAAGCGCUUCUCGAUAGCAAGAAGACGGAUGCUGAUACCGAGGCGACGAUAGCGGAGAAGACCAGAAAAUUAGCGGUAGCCCUCUGCGGAGUUGUAGAGGUGUAUAUGACAGACUUGAGCUGGGAAGACGAAGCAGAACAAAAGUGCGAGGCUUUGAUCACAGAAGCUACUAUGGUUGCUCCAGGGUUUGCGGAGCCAUGGCAAACACUUGCGAGUGUGAGGAUCUCUCAGCAGAAGAUGGAGGACGCAAAAGCUGCGUUGACAAGGAGUCUAGAGCUAUGGAAAGAUUUACCACCAGAAGAUCCUUCAGUACCGGACUUUCCCACCCGGGUCAGCUUAGCAAGAUUAUUGAUGGAAGCCGAUAUGGAUGUGGAAGCCAUUGAAGUUCUGGAGCGAUUGGUGGGAGAAGAUGAUAGUAGUGUUGAGGUAUGGUAUCUUGGUGGGUGGGGGUUGUAUAUGAUGGGAGAGAAGCAACGAAACGGCGAAGUCAAAAUCGAGAAUGGAGAUGGAGAAAGCUGGAAAGUUUCAUGGAUAUCGAGUCGUCAAUGGCUCCAGCACAGUCAACGUCUCUUCGAGCAACAAGAUUACCAGGACGAGAGGUUGGGAGAGCAUGCAGAAGAAUUGCUCAAGACUUUGAAUGCUGAAUUAGGUGGAACUUCUGCUGAUGCCGAGUUGGAAGAUGGAGACGAAUGGGAAGAUGAAGGUAGUGAUGAAGAUGAAGAAAUGGCCGGAUCAUGAUAGACUUAAUGCUAGAGCUGGCGUACUGGCGUUGGGGUUUCCAAAAUCACGCGGCUUAUACCAGUAAUUGGGCUAUGUUAUGCUUCUAUGAAGAGAUGCAUGUAUGACUUCUAGAUACCAUGAUCAAUGAAGAGAUAUUCACA